UUAACGGCCGCCUGAAGUCGGAACAACAACUCGGAAAAGCAGAGAACAUUUUAGCACUUUUUCAGCACACUUUGACGACAAUGUUAAUGACAGUUCAGCGUUCAUGUUGUUUCCACUUUACCAUGUAAAAGCACAUGAACCCACCGAGAGCGACUUCACAACACGCGAUCAUACAAGGAGCACUUGAACGCAACGUCCACAUUCGGCACUCUGUUAUGCUGCACUUGAAGAGCGAAGGGGCGGGGAACAAGUUAUCAAGUCCAGAAACUUUGGUUUUAAGUAAUUUAUCUAACAUGUUGCAGUUGAAAGCUCUGGAGCUUCUGUUCUUCUGGUUCUGCCUGCUGACUGUGUCUGGAAUAACUCCUGGACACAUGGAUACAAACGGGUCGGGUGACGUCAGAAUGGUUGUGAAAGAAGGACGUGACGCCAUUUUACCCUGUUCCCUCAGCAACAAGCAGAACGUUGAGUCAGAAGUCUUUGACUGGAAGAAAGAUGGUCCGAAGGAGGUUUUCUUUUAUGAUGGAGGCCUUCAUUAUAAUAACGGCCGUCCAGGUCAAGAUCAGCAGUUCAAAGGUCGCGUCUCACAUUUUCAAGAAGAACUGAAAUACGGCAACGCCUCCAUCAUUAUCAGUAAAACGAAGGUGACCGACAGAGGAAACUACACCUGUGAUUUUCCACUUCUUCAGCCAAGACAGAUAUUCAACAUUCAGCUUGUUGUUGAUCUCACCUUCAGAAACCGUUUAAACGAAAUCACAGGUGCAGCUGCAGAGCCGUCCAUCACGAUAGUUGACAUCACAGAGUUUGGGGUCCUGCUGCAGUGUGAAGUUAGAGGUGCUUUUCCUAAACCUACAGUAGAGUGGCAGGACAGGGCUGGAAACAAACUUCCUGCUGAGGAGCCACAGGUCUCAGAAAGAGAAGGUCACUUCUACAUCACCCUCCAAACCACUGUGACCAAGACCGAAACCAAUCAGUUCCACUGUGUAGUCCAGCAGGACGACAUCGGUCAUAUAAUCAGUAGUAACAUCACUUUGCCAGAGAAACUGUUUGAGGACACGUGCAGCAGAGGGGACGUCACAGGAUGGUUGGGUGGAAUUUUUUUGGGAGCUGUAAUUCUUGCUGCAGUUCAAGGUUUGCUAGUAGCUACAAAGAUCAUCACAGUACGCUGUAAUAAAGGAGCAGCUGAUGAGAAACAGAAAAAUGGGAAGAAAAACAAAAGAGGGGAGGAAUCAAACCUGCAGGCUCCACUAGGUUCUCGUCCCCAGGAAAACGGUUUUUGUAGAGCUCAUUCAGAGGAGGUGUAAAGGUGUGUGUGAAUGUACUGAAUCAUGUAGAUUAGUCCAAUGCUGUUUUUUUUGUAUAUACUGUAAAUUGUAAAUAUAGAAAAUAAAAAGUACUUGCCAGUCCAGUCAGGGUUAAAGGUUUCAUUGUCUUUCAUCAUGACAGACAAUCACUAGAGCACUUCUCUAACUUAAAUGUACAUUUUACAGCAGGGAAAAUGUUUUUUAAUCGAAAUGACCAACAUUUCUGCAGGUUAUGAGUUCACAAUGGCAACUAUAAAAGAUGAUUUGUUUGAAAAGACAGAAGAGAAAUGUUAUUUAUUUGUAUUUAAUAGGACAUAAUCCUUUCAUAUAAUGAGCCACAUUUAUUUAUAGAUAAUCAGUGAUUUUACAUUUGAAUGUAAUUUAAAAAGCAGAUGUACACACAGUAAUUCUUCUGUUCAAAAUGAGACAGAUGUAAUUUGUUAUUGACUAAAUACAUAAAACAGUUGGGUUCUCACUGAUUUUACAGAAUCAGAUUUACAAUUGUAUACAAAAAAAGGGAAACCGCUAUUAAAAGUUACAAAACUUUAAUGGUGAAAAAAAAUGUGAGACAUUUUCUCCUGAUGAGAAAUAGUCACGUUUUAAUCUCGUCUCCUAUCAUGUAUCUGUAUGCUGGGCCACACAGGGGUUACUUGCUAAAUGCCAGUUAAAUAGGUCGUAUCAACAAAGAUGUAAAAAGUUUCACAAAGAUUAUUUUAUUACUGGAUUCUGUAUAGAUUUUUUACUCUUACGUCUCCAUUUUAUUUCUGAACCUUGUUUGUUGCUUUUGUUUUACUUUGUUGUCAAAAUGUGAUUAUCCACUGGAAAAAUAUAAAUAAAUAUAAUAUAA